ACCAGACCGUGGACUCUGAUCAUAUUUACCUUGCUUCGGGAGUGGCGCCAUUGCCACCCCGACAAUGCCUAACGAUCAUGGAACCAUUCCACGCACUCUGAGGCCCGGCAUCUACGCUCCUAUUCCCAGUUUCUUUCUUGAGCAUUCUGAAGAGUUGGACCUCCAAGCCUUCGAGAAACAUGUUACCUUGACUGCGACAGCAGGUGUCGGUCAGGUUCUGGCUGGAUCAAUGGGCGAGGCUAUCCACCUGACUCGGUCGGAGCGCGUCGCCUUGAUCAAGGCCGCACGACGAACGCUAGAUACGGCUGGCUUGACCGAUCGACCCAUUAUUGCUGGUAUAGGGGCCGGAAGCACACGCGAAACCAUUGAAUUGGCCCACGAAGCGGCAGAGGCCGGUGCGGACUAUGGUAUUGCCAUCAUUAGCGGAUACUUCGCUGGUGCUAUUGCAGGGAAUAAGAAGGCGCUCAAGGCGUACUGGAAAGAGGUAAGCGAGAAGAGUGCCAUACCAGUGUUGGUAUACAAUUAUCCUGGCGCAAGUGGAGGUAUCAACCUUGACUCUGAUAUCAUCACCGAACUGGCCAAGGAAUGCCCAAACCUGGCUGGGGUGAAACUUACUUGUGGAGAUGUUGGCAAGCUUACUCGGAUCGCUGCGGUUGUCUCCGACCCUUCUUUCACCUCCUUGUAUCCUCGGAAGCAUGCGAAUGCGCCGUUUCUAGUCUUAGGUGGUUAUACUGAUUUUAUCCUUCCUACUGCAAUGGUCAAUGGGCAUGGCGCUAUCACGGGGCUUGCCAACGUUGCUCCUAACGCAGUUGUCAAACUCUUCAAGUUGUGCGAGGAGUCAUGUGCCAAUCCAUCUUUACUUCCGGAAGCCCAGCGUCUUCAAGGCACCAUUGCUCAGGCUGACGCGACAAUUGCCAAGGCAUCAAUCGCCGGCACCAAGGCAUUACUUGAAAGACUGUAUGGUUAUGGUAGGAAACCUAGGAGGCCCCUUCCACCAAUUGAAACUUCUGCGGCGCAAGCUUUAUGGGAUCAUCCACACACACAGGAUCUGGUACGCUUGGAGCAGGAGUUGAGCAAGACAUAAUGAAGUGGUCCGGCGUUCGCGGUGAUUGCCACUGUACAUAUGUAGACACCGAUUCGCGAAGACGUGAUUGCUGUGAAGGGUCAACUAGAUGAGUACGGCAGAGUCAUGCUUGCAACCCAAGAUCGGGUAUUGUAAAAAGGACAUAUCCUUCUCGUCCGCUGAGCCCAGUACUAGUGAUGAAUUACAGUAAUAUGAGCAGC